CGGAGGAGGGGCCGCAGUCAGCGCUGAGGCGCGGCGGGCGUGCGGGUGUCUCGGGCGGUAGCGCCGUUAGCGGAGCCCCGUGGGACGGGCGGUGCUCGCCUCGCUCCUCUGCCGCCACCAUGUCGCGUGAGCCCGAGAUCAUGGAGUCGCAGGUGAUGUGGGAGCCGGACACCAAGCGCAACACCCACAUGGACCGGUUCCGCGCCGCCGUGGCCAGCAGCUGCGGGAUCCGCCUGGCCAACUAUGAUGACUUAUACCAGUGGUCGGUGGAAUCCUACUCAGACUUCUGGGCGGAAUUCUGGAAGUACAGUAACAUUGUCUGCUCUCGCCUGUACGAUGAGGUGGUUGAUACAUCCAAAAGUAUUGCAGAUGUCCCGGAAUGGUUUAAGGGCAGCCGUCUGAACUAUGCAGAGAAUCUCCUGAAGCACAAGGACAACGACAAGAUUGCACUGUAUGCAGCAAGGGAAGGCAAAGAAGAAGUCUUGAAAGUUACUUUUGAAGAACUGAGACAAGCUGUAGCUUUGUAUGCUGCAGCCAUGAGGAAAAUGGGAAUAAAAGUAGGAGACAGAGUUGUUGGUUACUUACCAAACAGCAUCCAUGCUGUGGAAGCAAUGCUGGCUGCUGCGAGCAUCGGUGCAAUCUGGAGCUCCACAUCACCAGACUUUGGCAUUAACGGUGUGCUGGACAGAUUUUCCCAAAUUCAGCCUAAACUUAUAUUCUCUGUCGAAGCUGUAAUAUACAAUGGCAAAGAGCACAACCACUUGGAAAAGCUGCUGAGGGUGGUAAAAGGGCUUCCAGAUUUAAAAAAAGUGGUAGUGAUUCCAUAUGUCUCCUCAAGAGAAACCAUAGAUAUUUCCAAGAUUCCGAACAGUGUCUUCUUGGAAGACUUCCUGGCUACUGGGAAAGGAGACCAAGCUCCCCAGCUGGAGUUUGAGCAGCUGCCUUUCAGUCAUCCUCUCUUCAUCAUGUAUUCCUCGGGCACAACAGGGGCACCAAAGUGCAUGGUGCAUUCAGCAGGGGGCACACUAAUACAGCACCUGAAGGAACACAUUCUUCAUGGCAACAUGACCAGCAGUGAUGUGAUUAUGUACUACACAACGACUGGCUGGAUGAUGUGGAAUUGGCUGGUGUCUGCACUUGCUACAGGAGCUUCAGUGGUCCUGUAUGAUGGAUCUCCUCUAAUUCCCUCACCAAAUGUGCUCUGGGACUUGACUGACAGACUAGGGAUCACCAUCCUUGGAACGGGCGCAAAGUGGCUGGCUGUGCUAGAAGAGAAAAAUCUAAAACCAUGUGAAACACACAAUCUCCAAACGCUCCACACUAUCUUGUCUACAGGAUCACCACUCAAAUCUCAAAGCUAUGAGUAUGUCUACAAACACAUAAAAAGCAGUGUCCUCCUGGGAUCCAUUUCAGGUGGGACAGAUAUAAUUUCCUGUUUCAUGGGUCAGAAUGUUGCAGUUCCAGUUUACAAAGGAGAAAUUCAGGCCAGAAAUCUUGGAAUGGCUGUAGAAGCAUGGAAUGAUGAAGGAAAACCAGUUUGGGGUGAAAGUGGAGAGCUGGUUUGUACGAAGCCUAUUCCCUGUCAGCCCACACACUUCUGGAACGAUGAGAAUGGAAGCAAAUACAGGAAGGCUUAUUUUUCAAAAUUCCCAGGUGUCUGGGCCCACGGUGAUUACUGCAAAAUUAAUCCCAAGACUGGAGGAAUUGUCAUGCUGGGUCGCAGUGAUGGUACAUUAAAUCCCAAUGGAGUAAGAUUUGGAAGUUCUGAAAUUUAUAACAUAGUGGAAGCCUUUGAGGAGGUUUCUGAUAGCCUCUGCGUCCCUCAGUACAACAAAGAUGGGGAGGAGAGGGUGAUCCUCUUCCUGAAGAUGGCAUCAAACCACACGUUCAGCAAGAGCCUGGUGAAGAGGAUUCAGGACGCGAUCCGGAUCGCGCUCUCCGCCAGGCAUGUUCCCAGCCUCAUCCUGGAAACCAAAGGCAUUCCGUACACAAUAAAUGGGAAAAAAGUGGAAGUAGCUGUGAAGCAAAUAAUAGCAGGGAAAGAAGUUGAGCAGCGGGGAGCUUUCUCAAACCCAGAGGCUUUGGACCUGUACAAAAAUAUUCCUGAGCUUCAAGACUAUUAAAAUCACUUGUUUGUUUUUUUUUUUUUUGCAUCUGUCUUUGUUUUGUGUUUGUUUUGUAUAUACCAAUACUGUAUGUAAAGAAAAAGCUCUAUUUAAUACCAGUGGUUCUUUUAAAAGAAAAAUAUAUUUCAUGAAGUGCAUUAUGAAAGGCUUGGGUAAAGCUUAGCUCCCUUUUAUUGGUUAAAUAUGCCAUAUAUUUUGGAGGGUUUUUUUUCCAGCCUGGAAGGAGAAACCUGCCUGUUUUGAUUUUUAUAUAUAUGAGUGCAUCUUUUCUGGUUAGAUUUACAUCAGCCCAUCAAAUGGGAGCACUAAUAGUUGCGGUUGCAGAUAGACUGUUUCUUUCAUAAAAUAUUUGCUUUCUUUUUUUUAAACUGGAUUUUUAGCAACAUUUUUCAAUCCAUGUGUUUCAGUCACCUGUAAGGAAUAUGCAGUGGUUUUUAACUCCUUGAACCCUGAAACAUGCAAGUGGUUCUGUAUGUAGUGUGCAUUUACAUGUUUUUAUAAAGCCAAAUCAUAAUGCACUAAACCCAUUUGACUUGACUCAGAGUAAUUUCAGUCUUGAAAUAUCUCACGGUACCCUUGAAGGUAAUUGCUGCUUCAUUUUGUGAUGUAGCCUUCCUAUUGUUUUAAGCUUUUGGUUGGCAGACUUCUGGGGGCUCAGAAGGGGGAGGGAGUGGUUGCCUCCUUGUUUCUGGGGUAACUCCAGGUUAUUUCCAUGGAUUUUGCAGUCACUUCUCUGGAGUAACAUAACUGCAGUUGAAGAAGGCAUUUUGCUUCCUUGGUUGAAGUCCUUUAUUGGGUCUAGGGCAGAGAUCCCAUGUUGGAUGAACUGAGGAAUUCCAGUGUGUGUGUGUUUAUUAAAAGCUGAUGGAUUUUGUAACUUUUUUUUAUGAAAUGUCACAUUGAAAGUGAAAGACAAGUGUUUUCUAGCUCUGUAUCCUUCCAGUUUAUAAAGAGAAAAAUAAUGAGCAUACUAAAACAGUAAAAUGGAAGCACUACAGUGUUUUUGUUUUUCAUAAAUACAGUUGCAGUAGUUGUAUGACCCUCUGGCAUCCAGUGUCUCCUGCACUAUUUAAAUUUUGUGGAUGAAAUAUUACUGUACUUACAACUGUGUUGAAUGCAUUCAGCAUUGAUAAAGAGUUAAUAAAAAUGAAUUGAUUCUUUAUAUAA